UUUCAUUUUUUUUUUAAUUUUGUUUGUAGGGUAUUUGAGGGCAUAAUUAUGAUUUAUUGAUAGUUUAGGAAAAAUUUGAUUUCAAGUUUGAUUUUAUAUAUCCACUGAUCUUGAUUUGUAUAUUUUGGGUUAAAGGUCUUGAUUUUGUGCCAAUGUAUGUAUGUUUGAUUGUAAUUUAUAUUUUCAAGUCGGAGACUUUCAUCACAAUGGUUAUUACUUCUUUUCCAUGGUAGGUUGAAUUCAUAACACUACUGUGUGUUGAAUUCAUCUCAAUUUUUUGUUUCUUUUUGCUUUUGCACCACCAAGCUGUUUGAUUGUUUACUUAUAUGAACUUUGUCCCAUAACUUUGUUUUUCAAGCAAUGUUUUAAAAAAACCAUUUGGAAUUUGCACUACUUAUAUCAUAGUCCAAUAUGUUGAAUCAUCCUUAUUGGUUUUUAAGUGACAAGUUUUGAUUUUUGGUUAAAAUAGAAUAAGUGACUCUGAAUUUGCACUACUUGCAAUCUUCUAUCAUUCAAACUACAUCUCUGAAUCGAACUUGCUCCAUUUAAAAUGGACACAAAAUUAGAAUCGAAUCUUAACGCAAUUUUUUCUACUGUUAACAUGUAUCUUGAAUCGCGUGUGGUUAACGCUAUUAAUGGUGAUAGAUCAAAAGGUUCUGUUCCAUCUGAUGCACAGAUUGUUGCUGAAUCUUCAUUUCGUUCGAUUUCAUGGAGGUUUAGGACAAGGAUUUUGAAGGCUUUGUGUUUAGCCAUAUCAUCUACUUCCAAAAACAGAACCGAUUCGAUUCCAACUGAACAUACAUCUCUGUUCCCAGACGAAGUCCUCAAGAACAUGCCUCAUAUUCAAGAAGGUGAAUUGAGUUUCUAUGCGACUAGAGGCUGGGGAUUGCACUUCAGAAUUUUAUCGGAAUGGUUUUGAAGGUCUGUGUAGUUUUGUGAUGCAAUCACAUAAGGACUCUUCUAUUUAAACUUUUUCUUUCCAGAUUUUGUCUCUGAUAUUGACUUGGUAAGCAAAUAUCAAAAUCAUUUCUUCAUGAAUUUUAUUUAGGUUAGUUUAAGAUGUCAGCUGAAUUUGAUUGAUAUAUCAAAUAUUAUGAAAAAUUAAUUGGAAUCGAUCCUUGCUUGAUUUUGUUGUUUUUGCAAGUUUGAUUGGAAUCCAUGUACAUUAUACAAAACAACAAAGAUUCCCAUUAUGAUUGCAGCUUCCAUAUUCUUGUUCUUAGUUGUAAAAGAAUGGAUAGGUAUAAAAUCAUCUCACAAGAGCUUUACAAAAGUUUCGAUGUUUAUCAUAAUAGAAUAAUUUAUACACCUCUCAUUGUAAAUUAUUUAUGUCAUCUAACAAUAUAAUUUAUAUGAUAUGAUGCAUAUGUAUUAAGAAUGGUUUUGGAGACCGAACUGGAACUUUACUCAUGGGCAUGUAUUUUAUAAUGCUACUAUAGUCUUCUUCCAAAAUAUAUGCUUAUGGAAUGUUUUUCUUCAUUUUCAUAUCCAAAUGUGUGCUUAUCUAUUCAGAGCUGGUUCAAGGUAGUUUUCUGCAUAAUUUGGAGCGAGAUCGAGGUGAUUUUCUGCAUAAUUUAGAGCUGAUUUUCGGCAUGUGGACUAAUGUAGUGUAUCAGCACUGCUUUGGUACUGCAGCUGGUACAUAGUGGCGUUUUUUCCUCCCUGUGUUCUGAUUUGUCUAUUUGUGUUCCAACUGCAACAUAUUAGUUUUAAUUUCUUCUCUUUGCCUUGGUCUUCAUGUGUUUUGGUCAAUUUACAAAAAAAAAAUUAUUGUGUCAAUUAUAUAAUGUUAGUAUAUGACUCUAAUUUACGGCGGUUCAAUUUGUGUCUAAGAAUGAUGCUGAAGAAAAUGAAGCUGACAAUCCAGAUGCAAACUUAUUGACUAUGUCUAAUGAAAAUGCACUUGAGGUGGCUAAAAUAGCAGAUGAUUUGGAUCAGACAUUUAUAUGUGCGCUAAAAUUGUGAUAUUUAUACGAGUUCCUGGUCCUUUGCAGAACCCUAUAAUCGAGAGUGCGGAUUCAACCAAGUCUGACAACAGGCAGGGUGAUAAUAACCAAACCGUCAUUGAGACUACACCGUGUAGCAAAUUAAGUGGCAAGCGGACCGUUGACAUUGUAGGCCCUAAAAGCUUGGAACUGAAUUGGGGGAUAACUCAACCUACAAAACACGGAAAGUGAAAUGCACUAAGGUUGAGAAGGAUUAGUUUGAAAAGCUAUGUGUCUGCUGUUUUCUUAUUUUCGUUGUUGCCGCUUUGGUUCAAUUGUAUUCGUAUUGUGUGUGAUGUUAUGUCACUUAUCAGUCAGUUAUUUUA